UUCUUCUCUGAGUGCAGGUAUGUCCCUUGCACUCAAGCUGUAGUUUACACCGGCCAGUGGACCAACAUGAGCUCAGAGGAUCGCAGCUCAGCCAUGUCACAGAAGAUCCCCUCCCUCUCCCGCAGCAACAGCAGCUCCUCAUCCAAGCACGACAGCCGACAGGACAGCUGGGAGAUAGUGGAGGGUCUGCGUGGAGGCUUUGGCUGCGUUCUGCAGCCCCAGAAGCAGGAGGGCUACAUGCUGAAGAGGAGAAAGUGGCCCAUGAAGGGCUGGCACAAGAGAUACUUUUUCCUGGACAAGGGUGUCCUCAAGUAUGGCAAGUGCAGUGCUGACAUUGAGAAAGGGAAGCUGCAUGGUUGCAUUGAUGUGGGUCUCUCCGUUAUGGCAAUUAAGAAGAAAGCCAAGUGUAUCGAUCUUGACGCUGAGGAAAAUAUCUAUCACCUGAAGAUUAAGUCACAGGAGCUCUUUGAUGAAUGGGUGUCGAAGCUGCGUCACCAUCGGCUCUUUCGGCAAAAUGAGAUUGCCUUGUGCCCCAACGAGAAGUCCUUCUUCUAUCCCCACUACCCCUCCCCCAACUCCCCCAGCAUGGCCGAGGGGGCCUCCAUCAGAAGGUGCAUGUCCAUACGGAGGCAGUCCACAGCGCACGCCGCCGGAGCCUUUCCUUUAGGCUCCAGCAGCCAGGCCAAGGUAGCUGCCUGGCUCCAGUCCUCUGACGACAUGGACAAGUGCUCCAAAGGUGAGACAGUAGAGCUGGCCGCAAGAUUUAUUUGUCAGUGUGUGAGGCCUACCUGCUGGAGCUCCACCACCUGCUACAGAGCAUGGAAGUCCUUCACCGCACUUACUCUGCCCCAUCCAUCCAAGCACUACAGUCUCUAUCUGGCCAUCACUAUGUUCUCUUACGUCUACCAGGCCUCUACAUAUGACAGCCCCAAAAAAGAAAAAAGACUUCCAAGGAAGUGGCGCAAUAAAAACUACAACAAAGAUGUCAAGACAACUCUGCAGGUUCCAAGCUGCAUCUCCUCCGGUUCUGUCCGCCUCCAUGCCUCUAACCCCAACCUGUCCACCGCUGCUCUUAUCAAUGAAAAAGCUGACCUCGAAUCUCUGGAAUCGGCUUUUGAUGUGGCAAAGCUGCAGGAGGACUUCUACCGUGUUGCCACGAAUUUUCACACAACCAUGAAGUCAGCUCUGAGUUCGCUAACAUCUGAGAGAGAGCGAUUAAAACAGUGUGUGGAUCACGAAGUGUGUCCCCCUACCUCGCCACAAGUUGUCAAUCUGAAGAAUACACUGGCAGCGGCUUUAGCCCAGAACUCUGAGCUGAGAGAGCGUCUGAGCAAGAUUCAUGCUGAGUCCCACAUCGCAGAGCCCACACUAAUAAACCUCUCUGCCCCUGUGCAGAAACAAGACUCGAUGGAUGAUUCCCAUGCCCUCGUCCACCAAGUAUCCAACGAGAGCAGAGCUUCAAUUGCAGAGUCUCUGUCUGAGUUCUUUGAUGCACAGGAAGUCCUCCUGUCUGCCAGCUCCUCAGAAAACGAGGCAUCUGAGGAUGACUCAUACAUCAGUGACAUUAGUGACAAUAUUUCCAUGGACAAUUUCAGCAAUGAGAUGGAAAACGAUAGACCAAACUCAGGUUCUGUGGAAGAGGGCUCUGUCCUCUGUCAGCGUAGAUCCUGUCUGCCCACACCCAGCCCCACCAACAACACCAUCAGCCUGUGGAAUAUCCUCAGGAACAACAUUGGCAAAGAUCUCUCCAAAGUAGCAAUGCCUGUGCAUCUUAAUGAGCCACUCAACACCCUUCAGAGACUGUGUGAGGAGCUGGAGUACAGCGAGUUGCUAGACAGAGCUGCCAACACACUGGACCCAUUUGAACGUAUGAUGUACAUAGCCACAUUUGUUGUAUCUGGCUAUGCGUCCAGCUACUACAGAACAGGAGGAAAGCCUUUCAAUCCGAUCCUAGGGGAGACGUAUGAAUGUGACCGGCCAGACAAAGGCUUUCGGUUUGUUGCAGAGCAGGUCAGCCAUCACCCGCCUAUAUCAGCUUGCCAUGCAGAAUCUAAAAACUUUGUCUUCUGGCAAGAUGUGAGAUGUAAGAACAAAUUCUGGGGAAAGUCAAUGGAAAUCGUUCCGGUGGGUUCCACCCAUGUAACUCUGCCAGGAUGUGGGGACCACUACGAAUGGAACAAGGUGACAUCAUGCAUCCACAACAUCCUCAGCGGGCAGCGCUGGAUAGAGCACUACGGGGAGAUCUCCAUCAAGAACUCCAGCAGCGACAUCUGUCACUGCAGGAUCACUUUUGUCAAGGCCAAAUACUGGAAUUCAAGUGUCAAUGAGGUGGAGGGGACUAUUACAGAUAAUAAAGGAAAGGUCAUCCACAAACUUUUUGGAAAGUGGCAUGAGUCAGUUUUCUGUGGAGACCCUCCAUCAGCCAAAUGCAUCUGGAGAGCAAAUGCAAUGCCAGUAGGCUAUGAACAGUACUACGGUUUUACAAAGUUCGCAAUCGAGCUGAAUGAGCUGGACUCAUCUUUGAAACUGCUGCUACCACCUACUGACACCCGACUACGAGUGGACCAAAGACUCCUAGAGGAGGGGAACAUGGAGGCAGCAGAGGAGGAGAAGCAGAGGAUUGAACAGCUGCAGAGAGACAGACGCAGAACUCUGGAGGAGAACAAUGCUUCACAUCAGCCCAAAUUCUUCAGGAAGUCAAAGGAUGACACCUGGGUGAGCAACAACACAUACUGGGAACUGAGGAGGGAGCCUGGUUUUGUCCAUAUGGAUUUUCCAGCACUGUGGUGACCAAUCGCACACAUUUCAACGGUGAUCCAAGCUGGUUCUGAUGAUGUCGGCACCCCGGUUCAGCUGCCCACUUUUAGCACUAAUCCUCUCUAUUGCAGUCCAUUAAAGUUGUUGCCUUAAUAAGAAAAGUGCUUCUGUUGUGUAAACAUGUUUAUGCAGGCAUGUGUUCAGAAUGUUGAUCGGUUUUAGCAAUGUGUGCUCACAUUUCCACACCCACUAUGAUGAACUCAGAAAAUAUGUUAAAAAUGAGCUGUUGUAAAAGAUGGUAGAUAACCCACACUGGUUUGAAAUAAACUCAACAACUGGCCCCUUACACCGCUGUCUUAUCAUGGACAUUCUCUACCUCAAGAGAUAGAAUAGCAUUGAUAUGCCAUUAACCGAGUGUACGCGUUCAAUAUUUAUUCUGCAUCGCCUUAUGCCUUACUAGUCGUGCUCACAAUGUUUUAUUUAUUUUUGUCGCAUUGCCUAAAUGUCUAUGUUUUGUAAAGAUAAGCAAGAACCAUUUAAACGCUCUUUAUAUCUCCACUGUGCACAGCUUAUCUUUUAACCUCACAACAGUAACUCCUGCUUUUCAUCGUGUAAAUGAUUGUGAACUAUGUAAGUAGCCGUAGCAACUAUUUUGUCCAGGUUUGUUUUGGUUUUGUUCUUUUUUUCUACCACUUUAUCCAUUGCACCUUCUGAACACUUGGCUUUGGGACUGAAAGUGUCCAAAACUAUGCUCCAUGAGAUCAAAUAAACUCUGAUUCUUUCUUUUUGU